AUGGACUCGAAACCAAAAGUUUUACAGAAACUGGCCAUCAACCAACCAAAUAGAAACCAACAGCAAAACAGGGGAGCAUGCCAGACUGGACACAAAGCCCCCCCACCCCCCGCCUUGAAUCUCGGCACUCUUCCUAGGUCAGCCCCUAUCAUCAACCCCAUUAGUAAUUGGGAGACCAAACUUGUGGUCAACCUCUCUCCCGCCCACAUUGAUCCUCUCGCUUUCAACUUCCUCAAGCGAGGUCUUAACUUUGCCUUGACUCCUCGCAGCAUUCCGCACAUCGACUUCCUCAUCGAGAUCGAAAAUGUGGUUCGUACCCUUCCUCUUGAUGUUGCUGAAGAGGUUAGACAAGAUUGUGCUGUAGCGCUCCGUUAUGCCAAACCUCCUAAAUUCAACAUCCCUAAAGCUGAGCUGUUGGCCUUCAAUAAUCUAAUGCACAAUAAUGACCUUAUCAUCUCAAGAGCUGACAAAGGCAAUGCCACGGUCAUUAUGAGCAAACCUGAUUACUUGGCCAAAAUGGAAAUCCUCCUCUCAGAUUCCAGUAGUUUCAAAAUUUUGUCUCGUAACCCGUGCCCGAAGAUUCUGAAGGCAGUUAGAUCUGCUAUUUCUAACUCCUCUUUGGAUGAUUCUACCAAACUUCGUCUUCUUCCGUCUAAGGAAGUGACCCCUCGUAUAUAUGGGGUCCCAAAAAUUCACAAAGCCAACAUUCCUUUGAGACCCAUUGUCGAUACCAUUGGGUCUCCGACUUACAAGUUAGCCGCUUUUCUUGCCAAAUUAAUCUCUCCGCUUGUUGGUAACUCCAACUCCUUCAUCAAAGAUUCCAACCAAUUUGUCCAGUUUAUCAAGGACACUAAGUUGGACCCUCAAGACACUCUUGUGAGCUUCGAUGUGGUGUCCCUCUUCACCAAGGUCCCUAUUCUAGACGCCAUAGAGAUUGUCAAGCUUAAGGUCAAUGAGGAAAUCGCCUCUUUAGUGGAACUUUGCUUAAGGUCAACCUUCUUCGCCUUCCAAGGUGUUAUCUAUGAACAGGUUGACGGAGUAGCCAUGGGCUCCCCUCUCUCGCCGGUCAUUGCCAACAUAUUCAUGGAACAUUUUGAAGAGGUGGCCUUACAUUCUUUCCCCCUCAAGCCAAAAUGGUGGAAACGAUAUAUGGAUGACACCAAUGUAUGUUGGCCCCAUGGCUUGGACAUGUUAGAGGAAUUUCAUACUCACCUCAACAACAUUUCUCCGUCUAUUACCUUCACCAAAGAACUUGAAUCCAACAACCUUUUAUCCUUUCUCGAUGUCUUAAUUUGUAAAAAACCUGACGGAUCCCUUGGUCGUCAGGUGUUUCGCAAAACUACCCACACUGACUUAUAUCUUCAUUCGUCUUCUCAUCACCACCAUAGCCAGAAAGUUGGGAUCCUCAAAACCUUGGCUUUACGAGCCCAUCGGAUUUGUGAUAAGGAUAACUUAGACCAAGAGCUCUCCCAUCUUCGUCAAGUCUUCCUUUGGAAUGGCUACUCGAACAAGAAGAUCACUCGGGCCUUCCUCCAAGCCAAAUCUCAUUUCCUUUCCAUCUCGAAUCCCGUGCCCUCUCCAUCUCAGGCCCCGGAGAACAACUUUUUCAAGAGGAAAGUUAAAGAGGCCAUUGCUAUCAUUCAGCACCCAUCCAAUCUUAAUCGAGACGAUGGGUUAAACCUUAGCAUCUCGUGGCACCCUCUUCUUCUUGCCCUCCAGCGUCAUCCCCGCCCCCCUCCCUGA